AUGCCUAACAAUCCAAUAGCUACCAUAACGUUUGACUCUGCAUUAUUUUCUGGUAAUUUCGCUCUUUACGAUGAUUUACACGGAAGUGGGACGCAAAUAACAGGAUUUUUUAAAAAAGGAUUGGGAAAGCAUAGAUGGUUACCGCCAAAUUAUUCAUAUAAAUUCGUAGCAUAUAUGAAAUCCACGUGUGAAAAUUUAACGGAUAAUGUAUAUUUUCAAACAGAUGUAACUUUUAACUUUUUACCAAGAAAAAAAGGGUUCAUUAACGAACAGGGUGGUAUGGAAAGAGUGAUCAAGACCACCAUGUUUUCAUGGUAUUGGGGUCCUAGCGUAAAUGUUGCCAUCGUUGCUUUUGAAAACAAAGCAUCAAAUGUUAAGCGUAGAGAAGAUUGGGAAGAAAUCUCGAAUUUUAAACAUGAAGUUGUUGAUGCACUUGAAGAACCCGAAGAAUCGUUAGAGAUCUCAUCACAAUACAAUAUUAUGCAAAGACUUCCAUCGAAUUGUCUUGAAGAAAUAUUUGAAUCAAUGGAUAACGAUAGGAAUUCGCUAUUCUCAUGUGCUCUUGUAAAUCGACGUUGGUGUAGAGCGUCAAUGCCGAUAUUAUGGCGACGUCCAUUCGAACAUGGUUAUCCAAAGAAAUUUGGAAGGAAACUGAUCAAGAUCUACGUUGAAUUUUUAACGAGGGAAGAGAAAGAAUUAUUAAAAACUCAAGAAAUUCGAAUAUCAUCAAAUGUUGUUGUAAAUGGGGAAUUGUUAUUUGAAUAUCCAAAAUAUAUUCAAUAUUUUGACAUGAAAAAUUUUAUCUACGCGAUCAAAUUGUGCAUACCCAGUAAAAAUAAAUUUGAACAAAAUGUACACUUGGUAGCGAGAAUGUUGGGAAAUUUAUUUUGCAGGCAUUCAAAUGGAUUUAGAUCGAUCAAUUAUCAAAGCAAUAACGAUAUCAAAUUCACGGAUGUCACAUCAUAUGAUGGAAUUCAAUCCUUAUUAUACAAGUUAAAAGAAUUUAAUUACAAGGGUUUUAACGUUGCUGAUAAUUAUUAUUCCUCGAAUUGGAUCAAUUUAUUUAAUAAGCUGGCAGAAUACGCUCACAACAUUCAACAUUUAUCGAUUCAUAUUUAUAAAAAUAAUAAGCAAGAAUAUUCCGGUGUGGAUGAUGCGAUCAUUGAAUUGAUCAGGUCGCAAAGAGGGUUGAAAAGUUUAUCAUUAACUAAUUUUUGGAGCAAUUCCUCGAUCCUUUACUCCAUCAUACGAUUACAUGCGAACACUUUAACAUGUUUAAAAUUGGAAGGAUUAUCCGACAUCUCUUUGUUGAUUCAAUUAUUAAUUUCUUGUCAUAAUUUGGAUAGUUUGGAAUUAACUCAAACCAUGAGGGGAGAAUAUCAUGAACAUGAGAUCGUUCACUCUAAUUUACCCAAUUUUCUAGAUCUUAAAAUCAAGAAAUUUAUCUUCAAUUUUAAUUUAAAUGAGAAUUUAUUGAUUUACUUUCUUAAAUCAAUGAAUAGAAAUUUAAAAACCUUCUCUUCAACUUUAUUCUUAACGAAUUCUUCUAUUAUCAUGACAUUAAAAAAUUAUAAUAUAAAUAUUACUCGUUUAUCUUUAAGAAUUUCAGAAUCAUUAUCAGAUUAUUAUGAGAAUUUAUUGAAAAAAUUACCUCUUACUUAUUUAUUCUUGGACAUGCCAAAGUAUCAAAAAUUAUCCUUUAUUCACAUUAGACAAUUAGCAAGAUCAUUUCCUCAUAGCUUACUUGAGCUGGAUUUGAACUUUGAUAUAACUUCCAAAGAAUUCGAAUUAUUACUCGAUAAAUCUAACGCAAAUUUAGUUUCCAUAACACUUCGCAAUUCAUUUGAAAAUCGUAAAGAAUAUCUGGAAAUUAUGGUGAACUAUGCCAUUAAAGAAAUUGGAUCUCUUAGGGAAAUAAGGUUUCUAAAAGAUCGAAAUCGAGUAAAUUUUGAAAGCUUUUUGGCUGAUGAGUUAAGGGAUGUUGUUGAGAAUUAUUGUCAAGUUGACACUAAGAACGUUUUAAAAGAUUUAAGAAUUGGUGAAAUUAGACCUUAUAUUCAUAAUUUUAAUUCUUUCAAUCUUACAUAG